AUUCGGGUGACAUGUAAGGGAUAAUUAUGUCAAAUAUUCGACCUAAUGUUAAAAUUGUAAGUGUAUCCCAUUAAGUGAAAAAUAAAUCUAAUAAUUCAGCCAUGAGUGAAGAAAUAACCGUCAUCAAACAACAGGAUGGACUUUUAGGAAGAAUCCAAAAAAAUGAAUCUUUACUUAGUAUUAUACACGACAAAAACAAAAUUAUAGAAAAAUUGCAAAGGCAGUUACAUUUUCAGAAAUUACAGUUGAAAUAUUAUCUUGGGAAAACAUUCAGAAAUCAGAAGAUGUUGGAAUUCUCGAACUCAUGCAACCCUUUGCUAAUGGAAGAAAACAUACCCAUAACAUUAGCUGUGAACCGUUUCAAUAUGCAAGCCGGCAUAAAAAGUAAAAUAUUUGUUUUGUACGAGCGUAUGAGCAGGAUCGAUGGAAGGAUAAAUAAUCUGUUGCACAUACAAGAAUGCUUAUUACGAAGAGUGGUAGAAAAGAUGUGCGAUAUUGUCAGGAAAGACAAAGGCUGGACGAUGCAGAUCCAGAUUCGGAGUUUCAUAACAAAACCUGAAUAUAUAAAUUUGUUCAAUAAUUUACUGAAUGCUAGCAUAGGACUGAGGAAGAACCUGGAGACUUUUCGAAUUUGUUGUGACCGACUACUCAUUAUUGAGGAGGAAAGGAAUACUGUUGCCGAACAAGUAUACUCCCUCCCAAUCGAACAGCGCACCAAUUGUCAUUAUUUGAUCGGUAUUCAAAUUGAAAAAGUUCAACUCCAAAAUAGACUGAAGGAUAUUCUCAAGGAUCAGAAUAUGCUUAGGAAACGGAUAGAGAAGUUGAACGAAAUCGAACGGGAACUAAGGAAUUUACAGGCGGAAUAUAAGACAGCAAACAGAAAUUGUACCGAUCAUAUGACUGAUAUGCUGCGAAGGGUGAACUUUGAAGCGCUUGGCCUCAUCGCGAAAUCAAACCAACAGAGGGAAAAGUAUACGAAAGAGAUAGUGAAGUUGAAAUGCGAUAAUCAAAAAAUAUUGAGGAUGGUGGAACAGUUGAAAGGGCUGGUUCGGGAGAAGGCCUUAAGUAGGGAUUCAAUGAAACUGGAUACUGUCUUCUCAGCUGGACUUUAUCAAGCACUAGACCAAGAGAUAAAUCAGGCGAUUCAAGAUAAUGAGAUGAACAAAGAUAUAAGAAUAGAAAAAAUUAGGAAUGAAUGCAGGGUACUGUCCCAGAAACUGCAGAAUGCCAAGAAUGAGAAUUGCUUGUUGGAGAGAGAGCUCGAGAACGUCAAAAACGAGUACUCUGAAGCCAGGCGACAAUGGGAAAGUGAUCUGGAGACGGCGCAAAGGGAAAAGGACGAUUACAAGGCCCAAGUGGAGGAUCUGCAGGCUAUAAGAGCAGCCUACGCGCAGCUGGUAGAUAGUAGAGCAAAUGUGACGGAAGAUGGAGAGAGAGUUAUGGCGGGACAGAACACCAAAGAGUUAGAACGAGAAAAUUUGAGAUUGUCUAAGGAAGUAGCGCUGCUCAAGGAAGAAACAAAAAAACAAAAAUCGAAAAUCAGGAGAUUAUCCGAACAGAUCCUAAACAUCAAUGGUACUACCCAAAAGAUCCUGGAUAUCGAUCAGCUUGAGACCAAAGACGUGGGCUCCGGAGAUGUGGGCAACGAAAAAGACUCGUUGCUACCCAAGACCAACUCCUGCAACAUAUGCGCCAAGAAAUCGGACUUGGAACCAGGAAUCUUACACCAAGAACUUCAGAGAUCCGGAGCAUCCCGAGAAGACGUCCAGAAGUCCAAAAAAUUAGAUGAAAUCACCACGACUAUAAUUCAGGAUUUGAACAACAGCUCGAACGAAUGCCAGUCCAGUACACUUUCCAGCAGUCCUUUGGAGUCUUCGAGCGACAACCACGAUUCGAAUUAUUCGACGGAGAGCAAAAUAAUUUCCACUCCCGAAAAAUCCAUAAUUAGUAUUGGUGGCAUCAACUUCGAAGUUCCAAACAAGAAUGUCGAAACGACUUUUCAAAUACAUUCGUCCAGACAAGAGGACAAGGAUACAAUCCAAGGUAUACUCGAAAAGAAGGAUAAAGUAGGUGAAAUACUCAGGAUUGGAGAUAAAUCUCUAGUGUCGGUGAGGGUUAGGUAUAUAUCGACCAAUAAGAACCACAGUAGAAUUGAAGACAAGGAAAGAACGAAUGCUCUGGAAGUGCUGAAAGACCCUCCUGAAGAUUCUGUAAACUGUGGUAGAAUUGCGCCGUUGAAACCUGCAAUCCAAUUGAAAGCCAUCGAUGAUAUUCGUAGCUUGUCGAAAAAUGACGAGGUGAAAGCUCUGAAAGUUACCUAUAGAAAUCCCCAUGACUACAGGAGCACAACGGAUUCUGAUCCAGCCACAGAAUCUCAGUCUAGCGAAGUGGAUAACUACGGUAAAAUGUACGUGCAAGAAGUGAAAAUGAAGCUUAAAGCUAUGACGGAACAGAAGGAACAGGAAUUACGGUGUCCCCUUGUGAAAUACGGUAUAGAAGGUAGAGUUAAAAGUUUGGGAAAUUUACGAUAAACUUAUGGCACACUUUCUGUGUUUCUGAUUUGAUUUAUGAGCAAUGAUUCCGUGUAUCUAAAUAAAGUUUUUUCGGAUCA